AUGACUACCGCUUCAUCUUCACGAAGCAUCCCAACACCAACUUCACACACAACCGGCCACAACACCCUCAACCAAGGCAUCGACAUUCCCGCAGAGGUGUUAAGCCACGCUCAGGAGGUCGAGAGCCUGCCAAACAUCUCCAAGCUUCGGUCCGACCAGCACAUCGCUCAGGUUGACAUCCCCAACCUUGAUGGCACUACAAAGCGUGUCAUCUUGGUGGUCCAGCAGCAGAAGCCUGCCACACAGUCAUCCGGUUCGCAUCCUGGCGAUGCUUCUUACUACGAUGACUGUGUGUCUGACUACUCGCAUGAGCCGCAAUCUCACCAGUCCCAGGCUUCCCAGACUCCGCAGCCGUCUCAAAGCCAACGUUCGAGACGCACAUCCGCAGACUAUGGCCGCAUGCCCGAGAUUCUGGCUGGCAAUGCAGCCAGAGCCCGGCGUCAAGUGGCCCAGUCCAUUGUGUCUGCACCGCUUGGUGACAACUUUGUGCUCAUGCCCUCUGGCGUGGGCCACAGAGUUGGUGAGUGGUUCAAGGUCUUGCAAGUGUACACUGUCAAGGCCACCACCAAAGGCAAGGUCAUCGGCGCGCAGGCAAAGGCUGGCCUACGACAACACAGCAAGACCGCGGGAUCUGUCACCGCUCGUCUCAUCUCUCUCGGCAAGGACAUUCUCACCGAAUUUGAGAACUCUGUUGCGCAGACCUCGUCGAGUGCCUCCGUCCAGCAGUCUAGGGGUUUGGAGAUCAUUCACAUGCCAACUCAGAAUGACAUCAACCCCGAGAUCAAGAUGUGGCCGGUAGAGCAUGUCCUGGCCAACGACUUGCGCCGACGAGCAGCCUAUGGCCUACCGAGAUUCCCUCCUCAACAACCAAUCUCGAGAAAGCCAGCUCCGUUGCCACAACAUGGUCCCCUCGGCGAGAUUGCACUUCCUGAUGCCUCGUCAGACCGACGAAAGCCUUCCCGCCACCAAACGAAGUGGGAGGAGCCAUUCGAGACGACGACACCUCGCGAGUGCAAAUCGCAGGCAACCAAGGCCACGGUGAACCCUGCCUUUGACAUCCAGUCGCAGCGAGGGUCAUUGGGGGCAGUGACUGUGGCCAGCGGUGUCUCUCAGUCGACGGCGAAGUCUCCUGGCUCGACGACUCCGGCACCAUUCAGGUGGAAGGUCUGA